AUGGCAAUCCUAUCGGGUCUCUUUGGUUUUGUUUUGGUGAAAGAAUAUGUUUUGAAUUUAAAUGACAACCGAUGGAAUAUGGACCAUUUUUUACCAUCAUUUGAAUGGCAUCAUACCGCAGAAGGAGAAACAUUCUUACAACAUUUGUACAAUGGGAGAACUUCUGGAAGAAAAUUAUUUGGGAUUUUGGAGAAACCGUUCCAGAGCUCAAAUCUUGAAGAAGUAUGCUAUAAGUUAGUUUUUGUAGGUAAAACAGGGGUUGGAAAAACUUCAACUAUUAACAAAGUAGCAGGCAUUUCUGCCUAUUCUUCAUAUUUUGAAACAUCUGGAAUACGUGUUACAGACGUUUAUUGGCCAGUUAAAGUUUGGGACAAGAUUAUAUUAUUUAAAUUACAGUGUUGGGAUGCAGGAAGUAGCAGCAUGAAAAAAUACAAUCACAUACCUUUGUCUUGUGUUGAUAAUGCUGACUUUUUCAUCUUUAUUUUUUCCUUUAAUGAUGCACAAAGUUUUAAUGAACUUCCUCAAUUAAUUAAUAAAUUUGUUACGAGUAGAGAUAAUCAACCAGGAUCUAUAGUUAUUGGAACUAGGAGUAUGCUUAAAACUGAAGUUAUGAAAUCUGAGAUAAAAGAUUUUGAAUCUAAGCAAAAUAUUGAAGUUUUGACUAUUCAAAAUAGUAUUUAUCAUUCAGGUCCUUAUGAAACAGUCAAAGUUGCUCCGCUUUUAAAUACUAUAUGUGAAAAAUUGUGGAUGAGAGAUCAACAGUACAUUUUAAAACAAGGAAUAAAAGUUUAAGAUAUUUGCUGUGAAGUAGAACUUGAUCGUUUGCAGAAUUUAAACCUGUUCUUCUGGCCUGUUUUAUAUAAGCUUCUACCAAUGUCUGGUAAAAUGCAAGCAAUUCACUUAGGAAAUUGAACUGUUGAUCAAUUAAAUUUUGGUGAUAAUGUGUUCUUAAAUAAACAACUGAACAAAUUAAGAAUUUUUUCCUUAUAAUUAUCAUGACAACAUAGUAUGAAAGAUUAUUUUAAGUAAUAAACUGUGUGAGAUAAUUAUUAUUAAUUUUAAGAUUUUUUAUUAGUACAAUCUUAGAUUUAAAAAAAAAAUCUGGUGAAAUGCAUCACAUGAUUUCCACCUAGCACCCUUUUAGUGGAAUUUUUCGUUUGUAGUUAAUAAACCUUAACAAUAUUAGUUUAAUUAUAAAUGAAAACUUGAGACAAUUAUUAUAAAUUAUAACAAUUCUGUGCACAAUAUAUUUUUGGUUUACAAAGUUUGGUUUACAAUAUAUUUUUUUUUCCUGUUGCCAUUACAGACCAUGUAGAUCUUUUACAGCCGUAACAAGCCUGCUCCAUCUCUACUUGUCUUGGGCUGUUUCUUUCUAUUUAUCUGCAUGCAGCUCUAUUGCAUAUUUGUUGAUUCUUUCUAUCCAUCUGCUUUUUGGCCUUCCACAUGGUCUUUUGCGUUCUAUUGAGGCAUUAAUUGUUAUGUAGAGGAUUCCAGAUAGAUUCCUACGAGCUACAUGACCCACCUAUCUUAACCUCUGUGCCUUCAUAUCAUGGGAUAUUGAUUGACCAAUGUCUGUAAGCAGUUCUUUAUUGGUCUUUCUUCUCCUUGUGUUAGUACUCUGAUCCCAGAUUGCUCCGGUAAUUGUGUGGAGGAUUUUUCUCUCAAAUCUUUCAACAAUUUUUUCUAGGUUGCUGGUUAGUGUAUAGAUCUCACAGCCAUAUAUUAGAACUGCCUUUAUCAUAGCAUUGUACACCCUUAAUUUGAGAUUUCUUGUGAUUUUUUCAGAAUUUCAAUACCUUUGAAAUAGAGAAGAAAUCUCUGCUUGCGUUAGUUAUACACUGGUCUAUUUCUACCCGUUGGUCAUUCAUUGAUGUUAUUGUGGAGCCAAGGUAUUUGAAUUUUUCUACUCUCGGGAAUGAUUUUCCUCUCCACAGAUCCUCUUAUUUGGGGGUAGAAUUUUCGGCUCAUAAUAUAUUUUGUGUUGUCUUCAUUUACUUGUAGGCUAAUCUGCUCUGCUUCUCUUAUCAGAGUCUUAGCAAGUUUCUAGAUGUCAAUCUCACCAACUUACCAGUAAUUCUCAGUUCAGUCAUUUUUUUUUUUUUUUGUUCUUCCCUACCUCGCCUUUUAGGCUAUAUGGGAUUUUCCUAGGCCGGAGGGUGAGGACAGGGAAUUUAAAAUCCCCUCCGCCACCGGGAUGCGAACUCAUACUUUUUUAAUCUUCUCAAAUCUCUUAUCCGGUUGGCAGGCAACUCGCGGUGCAGUGCACAGGCUUUAGCCCAUUCGGCCACCCCGCCCCCUAUCUCAGUUCAGUCAUGAUUUUCCAAAGACAGCUCCUGUUCACAGAAUCAUAGUCUGAUUUGAAAUCAACAAAUAGGGCGUGUAUGUCUUGAGCUACUUCCCAUCGUUUUUCGAGUACUUGUUUUAGGAUAAAGAUCUGGUUUAGGGUGCUCCUCCCUUUUCUGAAUCCAGCUUGGUGGUCGCUUAUUAUAUUUAAGUAAUACGGAUAUAUCUGGUUUAGCAGGAUAUUGAUCAUUAUCUUGUAGGCAACUGGAAGGAUUGCUAUACCUCUGUUUGUCCUGGAGCCAGGGCCAAAAAUCGACCUGAUAGCUGGCAAAGGUUUGAUUGAAAAUUACUAUGUUAUUCUGAGUAAAAAGAACUUUGUCUGCCGUUCCAGAGCCGCUGCUUUCAAAUUUGAUGGCUGAUUUAAAGAAUAUUAGGACAGCAAUUUGAGGAUCUAAAUGGGAAAUACAUUGAAAAAAUGUGGGAAAAGUUUUUAUUUUUUUAACUUGUAUAUAUGGGGUUAGAUGUGCUAAAAACAAAAUUUCUAACACGGGCCAUCAAGGGAAAACUUUUUACAGCCAAAAAGUCAGAUUUUUUGGACUCCUAAACUAUGCAUCAAAGCGAAAAAUGUACUUUUUAAUAAAUUAAAGAAUUUCAAAUGUGCAGUCUCCUAUUUCUAUCUGAGCUUCCUCCUAAUCCAUUCCUUGAGGACCUGCUCUCAUAUAUUUCAUUUUUGCUCCAUUAACAGUCAGUCCUACUCUUUGUGCUGCUCCUUUAAGUGCGAAAAACUCUUCCUUCAUGGAUGUAAUACUUCUCCCCAUUAUAACUAGAUCGUCAGCGAAACCAAGAAUCUGGGCUGAUCUGUUAAAUAAGGUUCCUCCCAUCUGUACACCCGAGCCUCUGACUGCACAUUCCAAGGCCAUAUUAAACAAGAAACAGGCAAUGCUGUCACCCUGCCUGAGGCCUUUAUAAGUUUCAAAUUCUCUAGAGAAGCCACCGCCCUCCAUAACAGUACACUGCACCCUCAUGGUCAUUUUUAUUAAGUCCACUAAUUUUGAGGGUGUUCACAGUUCUAGCAGAUUUUUGUAGAUCUCCCUAAUAACAUUAUCAUAGGCCUGCAGGAAAUCAAUAAAGAGAUGGUAUGUGGUAAUACUGUACUCUCUGGCCUUCUCUCUGAUUGUUCUUAAUAUAAAUAUUUGAUCCACAAUUUCUCUACCUCUGGUGAACUCAGCUUGGUACAAACCAAUUUCUCUUUCUGCAAUUAGACGGAGUCUCUGAUACAGCACCCUUGAUAAUACUUUAUAGCCAUUGGAAAGCAGAGAUAUCCCUCGGUAGUUCCUACACUCUAGUAUGUUUCCUUUCUUAUGUACUGGACAGAUGACUGUUUUGUUGUUUUAUACCACUCUUCAGACAUUCAUUCUCUUUGUCAAAUAUCCAUAAUGAAAUCAUACAAAAAUCACUCAACUUCCGCUCCCCCAUAUUUCAAGCUCUGUCGAUACUGUCUGCUCCUGGGGACUUAUUGUUUUUAAGGUGAACUUCUUCAAAAUCUGGUGGCUCGAGGUCUCCCUCCAGGAUAUCUUGCAUAUGCUCAGCCUGAACUUCAUCAUUUUCAUUUAAGAGACCAUAGUAAUAGUCUCUCCAUCGCUCCAGCACCUUCUCAUCAUUCAGCAGUGUGCCAUCAGCAUCCCUGCACACUUGCGGCUUACAGCUAUUAUUAACCCCCUGAUUGAAUUUUCUGAUUUCAUUGAGGCUUUUGAGCUGUUCUAUUUCGUCUAGUUGAUAACGUUCCCAUUUGCUUUUCUUCCACUGAUGUAAUCUUUUUUUUCACUGUAAAAAACAUAAUAUUUUUAAACAGUUUACUGUAUUUGUUUAAUGAAAGGAACUAUUUAAAUUAAACAGAUUCCUACUAAACACCUCAUCACUACUUCUUACAUCUUGUAUUGAGCUCUGAUGUCUCUUGUAUACCAGGGCAUGGUCAAUUUGGUUUUUUGCUCCUUUGGGGCUAAUCCAGGUAUACUUGUGGAUAUCCUUAUACAGGAACAUUGUAUUGCUGAUGACUAAACCUAAGCUGCUGCCAGAUUGAUACACCUCACUCCAUUGUCAUUGCUUUUUUUCGUGAAGGUUUAGGCUUUUGAUAAUGGGCCUGAAUUGGACUUCAACACACAUGCUCAACUUAAAAUAUAAGAGCUCACUUAACUAACAAUGUGGCCAUUUAUAUGUACUAGUGAAUAAGAAAUCUGAACUUUCUAUCUAAACCAAUUACUGAUUUACAAAAUGAUUCUGAAACCUUUCUAGAACUAUGGGUAAGAGCUAAAUUUAGUAACAUUAAAUGCAUUCAAACUUUCCAGUCUGAUUACUUGUAAUACUUCAGCUAUCCAUGUUGUAUAAAAUACGUCACUUAGCUUAACAGGAACCAAGCCAUUUUGCAACACAAUGCCACUGCACAUUGUUCUCUUUUGACAAAGGAAAAAUUAUUGAAACUGCUAGCAGUAAAUUUUUUGCCUCAUCCUGCAGAUAUUACACAAACAGAUUAUGGUUUGUUUAGAUCAAUGGAUCAUUUUUAAAAAGUUUGAAUCUUAGAUAAUUAUGGGGAUGUGAAGAGUUCUUUGCCUCAAAACCAAAGAAGUGGUACCGGCAUAAAAUCCAAUUACUCGCAGAAACAUGGGUGAAAGUAGUUGAAAACUAUGGACUUCACUUUAAAGAGUAAUAUUCAAUAAUGUUAUAAAAAUGUAAAAUGAAUUAAAGCUAUACUUAUGCACAAGUGGGUCCGUGACCUUUCGCCAGUAUAUAUAUAAUGGAAUUCUGGCAAUGGUCAGAUUAUUCGCUCAAGUUACGUGAGUUUGUGGCUGCAACCACCUUACUCAACCUUCAUUGGCUAUUAAUAUAAUUUUUUUUUGUCCUUUUCUUGCCUUUUCGGCUAUAUGGUUUUUUUUUUUUUUUUCUGGAGGGCCGGGGGUUAAUACCCUUCCUAGUUUAAAGCUCCUCUACCACUGAUACACGAACUCUUAAUUAUUUCAUCAUAAUAAUUUCUGUUUAUUAGGUUGCCAGGCAAUGCGUGUUUUGUACACAAGUUUGUCCACUUAGCCACCUCCUCGCCCCAGGCUUUUAAAAUCAAUUAUACAGUUGAGAGAAGUGAUAGAAUCUCUUAGGGCUAGGGCCUCACUUUUCCCUCCACCAUUAGGUGGACAAGACUUGUUAAGAGUUUCCCUAGUUGAUUAUAAAUAUUUUAUGUAAGUAUAUUUGUGUUUGAGAUGUUUAUUUUAGUUUUUGAAGUUCGUUAUUUUUUUUUAUUUUACUUUAUUUUUAUGUAUACAUUUAUUUAUUUAUAUUUUCUGUAAAUAUGAUGUGAAUGUGAUCUAUUAUAAUUGUCCAUAAUUGAGACAUAAUGUAAUAUUUCUUAAUAAAGAAUAAUUUAAAAAAACAUAGAUGU